UUCCUCGUGUAAAGCCACCGUUGCUUCGACUUCACGUUGACGACGGACGUCAGACAGUUUGCUUCGAUUUCUUUUUGACUGUCUUGGGUGGUGACGUCAGUCAAUUUAUUCAUCCAUCGUCUCUGCUUCUUCGCUCAGUAAACAAACAACAUGUCGAUCCGCUUUCAUCCGCAACUGAUGCUCGACGGUUCCAGCAAACCGUUUUACUGUCGUGAAUGGGUCUUUGCCAAAAUCACUCACAUACUCGACAACAGGACGGCCGAGAAGAUCCAAGUCGCCAAUAUUUCCGGCGUAUUGAUCGUCGGUGAGCCGGGUGCUGGAAAAACGGCCGUCACGUUAGAAAUCGUGCGCGGAGGAGUAGGCCAGCAUUGCAGGUCUCUGUCAAAUCGUGUCUUGGCCAGCCAUUUCAUCAAUGGAUACGAACCGGAAACGCAAUCGGUGGCUGGAUUCAUCCGCCGGUUGGUGGAUCAACUUCAAGAAUCACGGCUGAUCGAUGGAUACGCAGACAAGUUGCGACACCCUGAAAUGGCCGAAUGGCUCCAUCCGGAACGUAUGGAACUUGAUCCAGACGAAGCCUUCCAGCGAACUGUUCUCUUUCCCCUCCUCGAGAUGGAUACGCCUCCGCGCAAUUUGCUUCUCAUCGUAGAUUCAUUAGACGAGCCUUCGCUUGUGUUGGAUGGCGGCUUCAACGGUGUUCGAAGGCUGACGGACCUGCCCGACGGCGAUUCCAGUCAGAGCAUAGCCGAGUUGCUGGCCAAUCAUCACCAUUUGCUUCCGCCAUGGCUUCUUUUACUCGUGACGCUGCGGAGGAGUAACAAACCCCUAGCUCGUCUUUUUACGGGCUUCAAGAAAAUUGCGUUGGAUCAGGUGCGUCGUAAUUCAGUCGUCCGUGAUGUCCAGCAAUACAUUCUAGCCCGUCUGGAGAAGGAGGCCGCUCUUAGGCGCCACUUGACCCGAGAGACAGCGCCAGCUCUCAACAUGUUGCAUAUUAAAAGCCACGGAUGUUUGUUGUACGUUGAAGCGGUGCUGGAUGGCGUCGCGGACGGGUCCGUUCUCCUUCGUGACAUACCUGAAAUACCUGGCACACUUAACGGGCUCUACCUGUGGCUUUGUCAGCGACUCUUUACCCGGCGCGGUUGGAAUAAAGUCCAGCCAUUAUUGGCCGCUCUGUUGGCCAGCAGGCAUCCGCCAAGUCAAGAUCAACUCCUGCGUGCAGCUUACACCAUUGACGCCCGGAUGUCUAGAUCCGAGUUUCGCAAACGAAUGAACAUGUUGCGCAAGUUAUUAGUUCCGGCUGCUGGGCCGGAUUCUUCCGGUGGGCGGAUGCAGAUUUUUCACAGCAGUUUCGGCGAGUGGCUAACAGACGUGAAACAUUGUACGCAACGUUUUCUAAUUAAAGUGUCGGAAGGUCAUGCUCGCUGGGCUGUGACGCUGGCCAGCCGAGGUGAAUCCAUGACCGAGGAAGAACUGGAAGACUUAACGUUUCAUCUCGGUAGGAUGCAGUUGCAGCCGCCACUGGAAGCCUGGCAUCUUCCGCUUUGGCUCUUGUGGACCAAAACCCCUAUCCCGGAUAAGGCCGUCCUUGAAGCCGUCAUGGUCAGCAGCCUUGGUGCUCAGAAUCUGAGCCCAGAUGACAUCGAAAGUCAACUGGACGGAACGAGUCCGUUCGGUAUAGUGGCGAAGGACAGCGGAUCUCAAGAGAAACCGGAAACUGAUAUCGUCGCUGCACAUCCGGAAGACGAUGAAACGAGUGCUAUUGUUGCUGCCAUGGCGACCGAUGAGUCCAUUCGUCAGUCGCCUGAACAUGUUAUUACUACUAGUCCAUUAGCCGGGACGACGAUGGCGGAUCCGGCGGAAGAGAUUGAGAGAUUGAUUGAACACGAAGAAGAGGAGGAAGAAGAAGAAGAAGAAGAAGAGGAGGGGGGAAAGAGCGAUUUCCCCUGUUUUGGAGCGCCGGAACAGUGUUGGUUAUUACGCCACGCCCAUUCGCUGAACGAAGCGGAAGAUCCGGAGCAGUCGCUCUUUUACGCUGCCCAAAUGGGAUACACUUCGGCCGUUACCAAACUUUGCCAUCGCUACCGAUCGUCCAUCAGUCUAGCGGCGUUACGCCAUGCUCUGUCUAUCGCCGCCCGUCAAGGUCACGCUUCUCUAGUCGCCAUAUUGCUGGAAGCCGGAGCGGAUCCCGACGUUGCCGAUUCAGAGGGAUGGACACCACUCAGAGCCUCUGCUUGGGGUGGGCAUGCCUCUACAGUCCAAGUGCUGCUGGAACAAGGCGCUCAGGUGGACGCUAGCGACUCGGAAGGCAGAACUGCACUCAGAGCGGCCGCUUGGGCCGGCCAUGAAGAAGUCGUCCGUGCCCUGUUGAACGCUGGUGCCCAAGUCGAUGGAGAAGAUCGACAGGGACGGACGCCGCUUAUUGCGGCCGCUUAUAUGGGCCACGCAGAUAUCGUUGCUGCUCUAUUAGAUGCAGGUGCUCAGCCAGACCAUGUCGAUUGCGAAGGGCGGACUGCCCUUUCAGUGGCGGUGCUCAGCGUCGCCUGCCGGACACAACCUAAUGGAAAUCAUCCGCCAUCUGGUGGUGGAGACGGUAGCGUCCGCCGCCGCCGUCCUCGGGUGUUGGUCAAACGGCGUCCAUCUAAAGUCAAUUCAGAUGACAUCCAUCCGGCCAGCCAAGAGCAAGACACUUCGUCUUCACCUCCAGCAGAAGUGGCAUCGUCUAUUUAUCCAGACAGUGGAAUUACCGGUACGCUGACGGGCACUUUGGCUGGAACUUUAGAUGGUGAAGAUAACGAAGCUGUUGAAACGGUGACCAUCCUUCUGGAGUACGGCGCUUCCGUCAACCAUCAAGAUAAAGUAGACGGUCUAACUCCACUUUUAGUGGCCGCUUUCGAAGGCCAUCGGACGGUGUGUGAACUGCUACUGGAAGCAGAUGCCGAUGUAGAUCAGGCAGAUUUAGGAGGGCGUACGCCACUCCUAGCGGCCGCGUCCAUGGGACACGGCCACAUUGUCGAGCUUCUCCUUUUUUGGGGUUGCUAUGUGGACAGUAUCGAUGCUGAAGGUCGUACAGUUUUGUCUAUCGCCUGCGCCCAGGGGUCGGUUGAUGUUGUCCGAUUGCUGUUGGAUCGUGGGCUGGAUGAAGCUCACCGUGACAAUGCCGGUUGGACGCCCUUACAUUAUGCGGCUUUCGAAGGCCAUGCGGCCGUCGUUGAUCUUGUACUGGAAGUCGGCGCUCGAAUGGACGCUACCGACAAUGACGGUCGAGCGCCCAUUUUGCUGGCCACUCAAGAAGGUCACCUGUCCGUCGUCGAACGAUUGAUUGAACUGGGAGCCGAUAUCAAUCAAAAGAGUCUUGACGGUAAAACACCGUUACGCGUGGCCGCCCUCGAGGGCCACGAUUCCGUUUUGUCCGCCUUAGUGGAAGCCGGUGCGGAUCUAACGUCCAAGGACCCCGACGGGCGCAGCACUCUAUAUCUCUUGACGAUUGAGAACAAAAUCCAGCAAGUAGAGAUUAUCCUUUCCAAGGCUGCGGGCAAGUACAAUUUGGAGGAGGAUCGCGAUCUCGAAGGACGGACGCCGCUGCACAUUGCCGCUUGGCAGGGGCACACGUCAAUGGUUGAGUUAUUGCUUCGUUACGGAGCCGAUGUCAACGCGGUCGACCGGGAACAGCGGACGCCGUUACAGAGCUCAGCUUGGCAAGGACACGAGUCCGUUGUUUGGCUCCUGCUCAAGGCCGGCGCUCGUGGUGAUCAGCCCUGCUCGCAGGGAGCCACACCUCUCUCUAUAGCUGCACAAGAAGGACACGAAGGCGUAGCCAGACUGUUGCUGGCCAGUGGAGCGGAUCCCAACCGAGCGGACGGAUGCGGUCGAACGGCUCUGAAACUGGCCAUGAAAGGCGGUCAUAAGAAAGUAAUUCAGCUGUUGGAAAACUCGUCCAGCACGUCGUCAAAAUCGUCCGAUCUUGGAUCGAAAUAUUUGUCGGUCAAUGGGCCAGACCCCACACCCAAGGACUACAGCCCGGCUUCAACUUUCGAGACGGCCAGUUGCAAGUCUGGUAGCAACUUGACAUCGUCAACACCAAGGUCGUCUUCGCUGACGGCCGAAUUGAAAGCCUCUCCAUCACCGUCUGUUCAAACGUCGCAACUCAGCUUUACACAACAGCUGCAGCAGCAAGCUGGACAGCAACGAGGAUCUCGACCUCGAACAGCCGGGCUGCAUUUGCCACUUUACUCGGCGAAUCGCAUUUUAUCGCCGUUAAGCGAACCUCAAAGUCCGCUUUACGCUUCUCCUCACCGCCCACUCCGCCCAAUGAGCCCGCCAUCUGGCAGCCGAUCCAUCAAACGACGCCGCAAAGUCAACCCCCGACAGUCACAACCACAUGUGCACCGUUCAUCGCUGGAUCACCACCGCUUGGUGUCUGUCCUGACCGACCGUAUAGGUCCGAUGACGGGCAGUGCCAAAAAUGGCCAUUCACGUUCCAGUUUGACGAGUCUGUUGCGACGUGAGCGAUCAGAAGAUGCUUUCAGAGUCUCCAGCAUCGGUAGUACAACACCUCCUGUGCCCCAUCGGACAUCCAGCAUCGAUCCAGACCGUACACAACCUACGCACCGGAUGGAUAUACUUAAAAACGAGCCCUCUCUAAGGCCGUCUUCGGUCCCUCUCACACAGAGUAGUCACAUGCAAAUCAUUUUAGGAAUCCCAUCCAAAUCACGACGUAAUGGGUUCGGUCACCGUCCAGUCGCCCAUCCGCAAGUGUCACGCGAUAGUCACCACGGCGGUUUCAGCGGGAUGUUGGCCGGCAUCCGCAAUAGCGCCCUACUUCAUGGCAGCACCAAAUUGAAAAACGCUUUGUGUAACGCCGUUAGCCGGCCAGUUGGAGUCAUCAAAAAGGAAACUCAGUUAUAAAAAAAAAAGAAUAAUUAAAAAGACGGGCAGUACCCGAGAAGAAAACACACGCUCUCUUUUUUAUCUCUGUCUCUUCUUUUCUCAUUUUCAAUUUUAUUUUUUAUCGUCAUCUCAAGUUCAACGGCCAAAGAGAUAAAAAAAACAAAAAACAGAAAUCCUCCUUCCAUUAGUUUUGACUCUGCGUGUUGUGCCCCUGUGUGUUUGAUAUUAAUAACCUUUUUUCCGUUUUAUUAUUUUGUUAUUAUUUUUUUCUUAUUUUGAGGGGUUGUCUUCUGAUUUGUGUUCCUCUCACCCGCUGUCGCUGUGAAGAAAACUAAAAAAAUAUUCUUGGUUGUGUCGACGAUUAAAACAGACAUCCAAUGGUU